AUGAACGUCAACAAGAAGCUCGGCCGCCUCAAGCAGUGGGCUGGAGAGAGGAUGGGCGGCGAGAUCAAGACCAACGUCUCGGACGACUUCAAGCUGCUCGAGAUGGAGAUGAACCUCAGGCAAGAAGGAAUGGAGCGUCUGAACAAGGCCAUGGCGGCGUAUGUCAGGGCCAUCUCGAAGCGCAGCGAGGGCGAGGACAAGGAGAAGCUCUUCCCAAUUGGAAACUUGGGCGGCGUCAUGGUCGCGCAUGGCGAGGACUUUGCCAGCAACUCCGAGAUCCAGGAGCAGUAUGUCGCAGCUGCAACCUCUAGCUGGCUAGAAUCUCUGGAACGGUCUCUCAACCAGCUGAAGGAGUACCAGGCGGCUCGCAAGAAGCUGGAGAACCGGCGGCUGGCGUAUGAUACCUCCCAGGCAAAGAUGCAAAAGGCCAAAAAGGAAGAUUUCAGGGUCGAAGAAGAGCUCCGGUCGCAGAAGGUCAAGUACGAAGAGGCAACUGAAGAAGUCCUUCGUCGCAUGAUGGAUAUCAAGGAGUCUGAGCCUGAGUGCACCGCAGACAUGAGCGCCUUUCUCGAUGCGCAGUUAAACUACCAUGAAAAAUGCCGCGAGGUUCUCCUCCAGCUCAAGGACGAGUGGCCUGCUGGACCAACGCAGCAGUUCAACUCGUAUGGCCGCCGGUCAACCCUGACUCGCUCCAACACCUCUUUCAACGACCAGAUGGCAGGCGAGGACACGUACCAGUCCUCUUCCCAGCAGCCAGGCACCUCUAGGUCCCGCGAGCCCUCUCGGCCGGGCCUGGGUGGGCGUCAGCCAACCUUCGAGGGUCCAACGCAGCUCCGCACCAGGAGACCGUCUCCCUCCCCUGCACCAGCCCUACGAACCCCCCUCCGAACCGCGAGUGAUAGCAUCUCUCCGGCCACGAUUGGCAGUAGUGCGGCCGGUAUAGCUAAUGCACGCUCACAGCUGCGGGUUAUCAGCCAGGGGUACAAUGGCGGCAACAACAACAAUAAUAGUAACACUCACAAUGAUGGCUACUACGACUCUACCACGGACGACGGGGCGUCUCCCGUCAGGAACAGUCCAGACCAGUACUAUAGUUCCACCAGCACGUCUCCCUUGCGGACUGUACCGGCGUCAGGCCAGGUUCCCACACCAGCGUCGGGUUCAGGGUCAGGCACCGCGACACCCGUCAAGAAGCCGCCGCCUCCCCCUCCACCAUCAAGGUCGAAGAAACCCCCGCCACCUCCUCCGCCACCAAAACGCUCUGUCUCUGCUUAUGCCGUGUAG